UCUUUUCUCUCUCUACAAACACAUUUCUCAGUUUGGUUGUUCUGGUUGUUGUUGUUAUGGUAUGAUGCCUUGAAGAUUGAUUUCUAUGAAGGCAUUGACCAUAAACACUAGCAGGUAACAAACAGCUAAGAAACUUAAUUAAUUUCUUAGUUGGGAUUUCUGAUUUAUUUACAUUUCUUCACUCAUAUAUUGUUUUCGUUUAAAUUCUCUGCAUGUUCUCUCUCUAAUAUAUGAGAGUAUCUUCAGAGAUCACAGUGACUUAAUUAAGAUUAUGGGUUGUUUAGUCUAAGGCUGAUGAACCAAAUUUUUGUUCUCUCCUGAAAUUGUAUCAAAUUUAAGAGCUUUGAAUUUUCUUCUAAAAAAAAUCUGAUUCUUUUAGGAAGGAUUUAUUGUCUUCCUAUGAUUUUUCUGUACAUGUUUACAAACAAGUGAAGAAAGUGUGCUGGAUUUUGGUUUGUAGAGAUCUGAGAAUUUAAGGAGGUGCGGAUUUAUAAGUGGGAUGUCUUGAUUAAGAUUAUUUUUCUUUCUGAAUUCUGGUGUUCAUUUUGGGUUUUUGAGGAACAAGAGUUUGUCUUUAUAAUCACUUUACUCAUCUCAUCAGCUGAUUAGAAUGUUGAAAAGUAGGAAAUAGACGAGUUCGGGAGAAAUGGGGUUUCAGGUGGGGAGAGAUUUACCAAAAAUAGGAUCACUCAGUUUAGGUGAUUUUGAAGAGGAUGAAGACAUAAGAUUAAAUUAGGAUUUAUUUAUUUGUUUUUGGAUAUUUGCGGAUCCCGAAGAGGGAACCGAGAUGGAUUACAGUAGAAGGCUAAUGGAGGAGAGGGGUCCAUGGAUUCCAGUAACACCUGCAAAACCUAUGCCAAUAAGACCACAACCUAUGAACUCUAAUGGGAGCCAACCAAAUUGGAUUGAUGCUGUUGGGGUGGGUUUUCCAGCUGAGUAUUUUCACCAGAAUGCAAGUCUUCCUCAUAGUAAUUUCACUAGUGCUACUACUACUGCUACUUCUAAUGGAGGAGUAAUGAAUGCAUGCUUUAAUUCAAUGGAUUAUGUGGAUCGAAGUAGAGGAAUGAGUACCUGGGAAGAAGCUUUGCUUGGGAAUCACAGAACUGCAACUGACAUUGUUGACAACACUUUCCCAGAAACUUCGUGUAGUAGUAAUACAAUCGGCUCGGUGUGGGAUAAUAUUGGAUUUUCGGAAUUAUUAGCUCUCAGUGGAACGCCUGCUGGGGCCGCCUCAAUUCUCUCUCAAAGAGGCGAAAACAUUGCAGUCAACAGUACAAACUUUCCCAUUUCAAAUUCUCAUGUUCGUGGUAGCCUGCGAUAUACAAAUAGGCCAAUUGCAGAUCAGAAUUUUGUUACAAGCUCUAACUUGUCGAACAAUCACAGCAACUUCUCACCGCAUGCACCACCAGAUGGGUUUCCUGUUCCAUACCGUCCCACGUUCGACCUUAAUUCUCCAUCUCAAACAUUUGCUGAUGCAGUCUCAAAUGGUGAUAUAUCUUUACAGUUUUCACCUAUUACACCACCUCAGAUUAAGGGAGGAGCAGUAAACCAGCAUUCUGAAAUUGCAGAGCAUGUCUCAGUAAGAGUAUCAGAUUUGGUGAACAACGAAGUAGACCAAGGAAGUAAUAACGGUAUUGAAAUUCAGUGCCAAGAUUCACUCUUGCAUUCUGUAGUGAACUCACCAUCAGCUGCUGCCUCUAUAUUGCUUAAAGAGAAUCAAAAUGCAGACAGGACAGAGGAGCACGGCAUUGACCUAAACAAGACACCAGUACUGAAGCCUAAACGGAAAAAGGUCAGACCCAGAGUUCUCAUUGAAGGCAAAAAACCCAGUAAGACUCCUUACCACCGCACCAAGCAGCCUAGUGCAAAAGAAACUCCAUCUGUGAAAAGGAAGUAUGUAAGGAAAAAUGGCCUUAAAACCUCAAAUACCCCCGCAGCCAAUAUUGAAGAAGAGGUUAAUGCAGAUAAGGUCAUUCUUAAAUCUGCCAAAAAGGUUUUGAAUUUCGACUUGGUAGAAGUAAGAGAUGGAAGCCGCAGCAGCACAACGGGUUAUCACGAGGGGUUGCUGAGCAGCAUUGUGGACAGUUCUUCAAGCAGGUGUAAGGAAAAUUCACAAUCCCAAACCAAUGAGAUAUGUAGUGGUGUUAAUAGUGAAACUAAAUUGACAACGGAGCUUCCACAAGGACUGGAAGCUGUGGUAGAGAAUUCACCAGCAAGACUUGCAUUUGAUCUCAAUUGUACAUCAACUCAGCUUCUGGAAGAUUUUAUCUCAAUCCCUUAUAAACCAAUUCCAACUACCCCACCACCUACAAGGAGAGAACCAACACGGGAAAGUCUGUCUGCCCUUUUGAGUAGCAGAGAUAACACGGUCAUCAUAGAUACCUGCCUGAACAAUGGAGAACAAUAUCAUCCUAUCAGGAAUCAACAUACCCAAUCAUAUCAACAAAAUGCUACAGCUUCCAUACUUCAGAGCAAUAUUCAAUUCACAAACCGAAAUAAUUUGAUUCGAAGCAACCAAAUACAGUUGGAAGGGUGUGACCUGGCGAGGGGAUCAAAGAGAGGAUACUGUCAUACCAUUGCCGAGACGGAUCUCCAAUCACUGAAUCCAUUAAGGAGCCGUGGGAAUACUCUCCAGACUUACCAGAAGAAGUUAGGAGGACAUGGAUACCACAUAAACAGUAGCACUGCCGAGCUACCUUUUUCAGAAAUUAACAAGAAAACGAGGAUAGAGAGAGACCAGAAUGUUGUCAAUUCUAGCUUGGAUUCUUCGGUUGCAUCUUUUCUGGAAAAUACAAGAAAAAAAAUGGCAUGCAAAGAGAAUGCUGUCAAUGCCAAUCGCAUUGCAUUUCAAGCUAAAACCAGAAGUGUCAUUCAAUUGGGCAAUGUCAGUAUAAACCACCCGAAUGGAGCUGGUCAUUCAGCACCAAAUCUGCAGUUACAAGCGGUCGCAAAUCAAAACUGCAGACUGCCAGAUACUUGGGAAGCAUUGCUUUCACACACCCAAAAACCAAGCUGUGAGCAAUCUGAGAAGACAGCAUACCUUGGUCAAACUAAGAACCGGUCAAUAGUACCUGCACAGAACUGUGAACUGAGCUCCCUUACUACAACUCUUGAUUGCAGUAAAAUGCCAGGAACUCCUCAAAAAAUGGCACCAAUCCCUGGUGACAAGCUUGGAAACAAGAACUUCUCUAGGCAUCGAGAAAGCAGAGCAGACCUGGCUGUAGAUAACCAAGUGAAGAAGCCAAGAAGAGGGCGGCCGUCAAAGACACUUGACAAUGGAAUUUCUGUCUCCCGCUCCAGAAAAAAGAAUGAGAGCCUUCAAAAGCGUGAGAUGUUUAUAUAUACUCAACAUCCAGUCAAUGAGAAGCCAAGAGGUUCAUCAGAUAUGUCAUGGCUUUCCAUGGAUGAGAUAAUAAAUAAGAUAGACCGCCUAACGAUCAAUGAUAUGAGGACAGACGUGCCGGCACCAGAACAAUAUGCACUGGUUCCAUUUGGAAGAGAGGGGCAAAUGGUUCCAUAUGAAGGUCUGUUUAAUGGUAUCAAGAAAAAACAGCUGCGGCCCAAAGUCAAUCUUGAUGCAGAAACUGAUAGAGUGUGGAAGCUUCUGAUGGGAAUACAGAACAAUGAUGGUGUUGAGGGGACCACUCAGGAUAAAGAAAAGUGGUGGGAAGAAGAGAGAAAAGUUUUCCGUGGAAGGGCAGAUUCAUUCAUUGCCCGCAUGCAUCUCAUCCAAGGGGAUAGACGCUUCUCGAAAUGGAAAGGAUCUGUCGUGGAUUCAGUAGUUGGAGUCUUUCUUACGCAAAAUGUCUCUGAUAUUCUCUCAAGUUCUGCCUUCAUGUGUCUUGUGGCCCGAUUUCCCUUAAAAACGGCAACCAACAACAAUGCAUGCAGCAAGGAAGGAACACAAAUUAUAGUCGAAGAGCCAGAGGUGUGCAUUGUAGAUUCAGAUGAUAACAUCAGUUGGCAAGAAAAGAUGCCAGAUCGUUUAUUAUCCAAACAAGACUAUGUUGACAUCCGUGAACUGCAGUUAGAAGAAAGGGAGACAGGACACAGCAAUGAAUCAUUUGGAAGCAACGUUGGUGGUUCGUCGAACCCAGGAACAGGGUGUCAGUUUUUGGUAGAAGCCGGAGAUAAGAGAGCGGUGGAAGACGUAGUUUCAUCACAAAACUCGGUAGUUUCGUCUCAAAAUUCAAUAGACUCAACCGAAUUCCAAACAGCCGACGGAAACAUUACUGCAAGGAUAAGAGGAGAGAGCUUGUUAGAGAAUGAGGUCAGAAGACAGUUGGAAGAUGUUGUUUCAUCUCAAGUCUCUGUAGAUUCUUCAAGCAUUUGUACAGAUGACAGAAUCAGAUCAUACUCUUAUUUCAACUCCGGACCAGAGAUAGCACCCAGUUGUACAUCAAACAGUGUAAGUAAUCAUCCUUCUUUUACGGAACUUUUGCGGAUGGGAGGUACCCCCUUGUUGCAAGAGCAUUAUAGUCAAGAAAGUGGGAACUUUGCUCAAAAUCUAAACUCCAAAAGUUGUCGAGGUCAAUCAGAAGGAAAGCGACAAGAAAAGAAAAGUGUAAGCACGAGCGGAAUAGAUGGAUGGAAAGAGCUAUUUUCUGUCUGCCCUUCCACUUCAGUUCCCAAAAUGCAGUUGCCCAAUCCCCCGCACUAUUUGUUGCAGAUGACCCCAGAGACAGUAGUACAAGAGGUUGAGUCACCAAAGAUGUUGGGAAUAGACAGUAGGUUUUCUUUGUCAUCAGAUGCUCCUCAAAUGACAACCGUAGUAGACACAAACUGGAUGUGCAAAACGGUAAUGCCAAAUUCUGAAACUGUAAGUAACCGACAAAUGUUGUCGACAAAUGCUGAAGCUGCACUCAAAACCGAUACAUACCCAUUGGCAAGCAAGUGCUUAGAGCUCCCAGAUAUAAGUGCAGGACAAGAAACUCUCAUUAGAGAGCACCAGGAUUCAUGGAAUAACCUUCAAAAGGUUAGAGACGGCACCUUCAGAUAUCAAAGCUGUACAGCCACAGAAUCUACAAACCCUGUUGAGACCCAAGCUCAAAUGGGCAGCGUGAUGCAGCAACCUCACUCAAACUUCGUAAAUCUCUCACACGGGAACUUAGAUGCUGAAGUCAGUACGUCGCUGACAGAUAAGCAAACGUCUCAGAAAGAGCAAAUACGUUCCUCAGACGGGGUAUUUAGUGGGAAAACCAUCAAUGGUUCAAAAGCCAAAGGAAAGCCUGAUAAGGAAAAAAAGAAAGAAUUCGACUGGGAUAGCUUGCGAAGGGAUGUGUAUCAGAAAGGUUUAAAAAGAGAAAAAAGCAACAACACAAUGGACUCUCUGGACUGGGAAGCAGUGAGAACUGCUGAUGUUAGUGAGAUUGCCAACGCAAUCAAAGAGCGAGGAAUGAAUAAUAUGCUCGCAGAGAGAAUCAAGGCUUUCCUCAACAGGCUUGUAAGUGAUCAUGGAAGUAUCGACCUUGAGUGGUUAAGGGAUGUUCCGCCUGACAAGGCAAAGGAAUAUCUGCUAAGCAUAAGGGGAUUGGGACUCAAAAGCGUGGAGUGUGUCAGACUUUUGACACUUCACAACCUCGCUUUCCCAGUCGACACAAAUGUUGGACGUAUUGCUGUCAGACUAGGAUGGGUACCACUUCAACCAUUGCCUGAGUCCCUUCAACUGCAUCUGCUAGAACUGUACCCAAUGUUGGAGACCAUCCAGAAAUUUCUUUGGCCACGGCUGUGCACACUUGACCAACCGACAUUGUACGAGCUGCAUUACCAGUUGAUUACAUUUGGAAAGGUUUUCUGUACCAAGAGCAAGCCAAAUUGCAAUGCAUGUCCGAUGAGAGCAGAAUGCAGACACUUUGCAAGUGCAUUUGCAAGUGCCAGGCUCGCCCUGCCAGGGCCAGAGGAAAAGGGUAUUGUAACUUCAUUUCCUUCAGAGAAAUACCAAAAUCCGCCCAUGGAUGCCAAUCCGAUGUCACUUCCUCUACUAGAAGCAAAUCUGGCUUCAGGAACAAGAAUCAGAAAGAAUGAAUGUGAGCCUAUUAUCGAAGAGCCGGCAACACCGGAGAAUGAUUAUGCAGAAACACUGGAGAGUGAUAUAGAAGAUGCUUUUGGCGAGUGUCCCAAUGAAAUUCCUUCAAUCAACCUCGACAUUGAAGAGUUCACGAUUACCUUACAGAAUUACAUGCAAGAAAACAAAAUGGAACUCCAAGAAGGCGAUCUCUCCAAUGCAUUGGUGGCGAUAACUCCUCGAGCUGCUUCCAUCCCGGUACCAAAGCUGAAGAAUGUCAACCGACUCCGAACAGAACACCUAGUCUAUGAACUUCCAGAUUCACACCCUCUACUGGAAGGGGUGCCAAGACGAGACCCUGAUGAUCAUUGUUCGUAUCUUCUUGCUAUAUGGACACCAGGUGAAACGGCAGAAUCAAUUCAACCACCCGAAGGAUGUUGUAGUUCCCAGGCAUCAGGUAACCUAUGCAGUGAGAAGACAUGCUUUUCAUGCAACAGUACACGUGAAGCAAGCUCCCAAACAGUCAGAGGAACACUUCUGAUACCUUGCAGAACAGCAAUGAGAGGAAGUUUUCCUUUGAAUGGAACAUAUUUUCAAGUGAAUGAGGUGUUCGCUGACCAUGAUUCAAGCCUUAAUCCAAUUGACGUUCCGAGGGCCUGGAUAUGGAACCUACCAAGACGAACUGUUCUGUUUGGAACCUCAGUAUCAACGAUAUUUAAAGGUCAAACAACACAAGAAAUUCAAAAUUGCUUCUGGAAAGGAUUUGUGUGUGUUCGUGGAUUCGACCAGAAGUCGCGUGCACCCCGUCCUCUUAUGGCAAGAUUACACUUUCCAGCAAGCAAAUUGGUCAAAAAUAAAUUAUAUGCAACCAAGGAAUAGAUCAUGAUGCAAGGAUGAUAAUCAGAAAUAUAUCCUAACCAAGAUCUGAAAGCCAAAAGAACAGAUCACCGACCAAGAAACUACCAAGCAUUAAACGGUUACAUUGUCUAACAUAAUGUGCAAUCAGCAGUUUCCCCAAUUUACUUAUUGUCUAACAUAAUGUGCAAUCAGCAGUUUCCCCAAUUUACUUAGCGAGAGAGAAAAAAAUGUAGGAUGAGAGUUCCCACCUGUAAGUCACCAUGUAAAUGGGCUUGUAGUCUGUACAUGGUUUAACAUAUCAUGAUUAUUUCAUUACAUGCUCGAUAUCGAGCCAUUCUUCUAUAUAAAGUAGCUGAGCUCAAAGCAAGAGAAAUAUCAAA